GUGGCCGUGGGUGAGCAAGCGCUUUGCGAGGCCCAGGAGGAGGACACGUCCGCGCUCUUGCAGGGCCCAAUACGUCGGCCAAUACGUCGCUUUUUCUUCCACCGGCUGCGCCAUUACGGUGUUGCUGGCCCUCGGCACUACUAUGCGACGACGAUGCCCGACCCCAGCGACAAUACUGACACAAUCGCGCCAGCAUCGACGCCCGGCGACAACGAAGACACAGUCGCACCAGCAUCGACGCCGGGCGACAAUGAAGACACAAUCGCUCCAGCAUCGACGCCGGGCGACAACGAAGACACAAUCGCACCAGCAUCGACGCCGGGCGACAAUGAAGACACAGUCGCACCAGCAUCGGCGCCGGGCGACAACGAAGACACAAUUGCACCAGCAUCGACGCCGGGCGACAAUGAAGACACAGUCGCACCAGCAUCGACAUCCGCACCAGCAUCUACACCAGGCGACAAUGAGGACACAAUCGUACCAGACUUGCCGCCCGGUGACAACGAGGCUCCGACCCCCAUCAUCAAGUUGGUGACUCCUUCGCCUACCGAUGCUGCUGCAAGCACCAACACCACCACCCUUCCUCCAGUUGUGACCACCAACACAACCACCCUUCCUCCAGUUGCGACCACCAACACCACCACUCUUCCUCCAGCUGCAUCCACCAACACCACCCUGCCUCCUCCGAACGCCACAAACACUACCACAGCGCUUCCGGUCAUCGCCGUGCCUUCGACGCCGGACGCCAACAGCGACAAGGAAGAAGAAUGCGCUGCCAACGGGGAGGUGUGCGACACCAUGAACUGCUGCAGUGCGGAGUGUCUUCACACGGCAAAUGGGACAUUUCGGUGCGCGCAAUGCGUGCGACUUCGCAGCAGUGAUGGCUGUUCGGUUUUUUGUUUGAUGUCAAAGGAUCCACAGCCAGGGGCAUCGGGUUGA